CCCACUCGGCAAAACUCACCUUAUAGUAAUUCGGGACAACAAGAGACAUGGCAGCAAAGCAAAGAAACUGGGGCUUGUGGCUGAAGAUGAUCUUGGGCGGGACUGCCAUGGCUGUGGGAGGACCCAUGUUCGUCAUGUCAAUAACGCCCACGGAGGAGGAGCUCUUCAAGAAAUACAACCCCGACCUGCAGAAGCGGAGUCUAGAGACUCGUCACGAGAGGCAAAAGGAGUACGAUGACUUUGUCACCAAGCUCAAGGAGUACUCCAAGUCAGACAAGUCUAUAUGGAUUGUGCAGGCCGAGGAACAACAGAGGGAGAAGGAGGCUCAAGCAGAGGCGAGACGUCGAGCGCAAGAGGACGGGGAAGCUAGAAAGGAGCAGAUGAGGAGAGAGUUGGGGCUGAGGGGUGUGUCGAAGGCUUGAUCAAUACAUCCCACUAGGUACCUACCUUUCUACCUAGGUCUUUCUUAUAGCAGCCGGAAUUAUAACAGCACAUCAGCAGAUUUAUGACCUAAUGGGAGUUGCACAUUUGGGUAUCAAAAUGAGGGGCAACAACACCCAAACUCGGUUGGGAAAGUACUGGGACACGGGCAGACACCAGGAACUUACUGAAUCAGAUCGAACACAAGGAGU